AUGAGGACAUUACUCCUUAUCAUACCAUACCUCUUGGUCGCCGUAACCGCUACCGUGAAGAAUGGCACUCUUCUUGGCGUCUACAACCCGCACUUUGCUCAAGACUUCUUCUUGGGAAUCCCUUAUGCACUGCCACCAGUCGGAGACCUGCGAUAUCAGCACCCUCAAGCAGUCAACGAAUCAUGGGCAAUGAAAUCAGCAACGGAGUACGGGCCUUGGUGUCACUCUGCACCCCUCAACCUUCCAGGCUUCUCUCAGAAGGGAUUUCUUCACACAGAGAGUGAAGACUGUUUAACCCUUAAUGUUGUAAGACCGAGUGGGGUCAAUGAAUGCAGCAAACUCCCUGUACUGGUUUGGAUCCACGGUGGCGGUCUUCAGGAAGGCGGCAGUGCUGAUCAAAGAUACAACAUGACCUUUCUGGUUGAGGAGUCUGUGCGGAUGGGUACGCCAAUCAUUGGGGUCAGCUUCAACUAUCGCCUCUCAGGAUUUGGGUUUCUCUACGGUCGUGCUGUCAAUGAAUCACGACUUGCUAAUCUUGGUCUUUACGACCAACGGAAGGCCUUGUUCUGGAUUCAAGAAAAUAUUGCCGCCUUUGGUGGUGAUCCUUCGCGGGUCACUAUCUCCGGCGAGUCUUCUGGUGGCAUAUCCGUCGGACACCAUUUCCUGUCCUUUGGCGGCCGUGAUGAGGGGUUGUUCUCCGGCGGAAUCGCGGAGAGUGGAGGUCCGCUGACGCCCAGUGCCCUCCUUUCCUUGGACCAGCAGGACGUGCUCUAUAGGAAAGUGUUGAACCAGACCAACUGCACCGGAGCAGCCGACAGUAUUGAUUGUCUUCGCGCGAUUCCUGCUGAGACAUUGAAGCUUGCUUUCCAAGGGGUCUCAUUUUACCCCGUGAUAGACGGCGCUAUGAUCGAAGGCUUGCCUUCUGUUGCCCUGAGAGAAGGCCGGUUUGUGAAGCGGCCACUUCUCACGGGCAGUAACACCAACGAGGGUACGGCGUUCUCCAUUCCUGCUAAAAUCAAAGUGGAUGACGCCGCCGAUUUCGCGGCUUUCGCGACCGCUUUCGACACAGGACAUGGCCUCUCACCAGAAACCAUCAAGGACCUAGCGACAAUGUACAUCCAGGAUGUUUCCAGCGAAGAGGCACAGACUGCCCUUGGCACUGUUUCCCCGUCCCCGGGUUCAUCUUAUGGAUCUCUCUGGGGCAAAGCAACGUUGUACCUGGGAGACAGUAUGUUCCACGCUGGUCGACGCUACGCCACCGACAUGUGGCGGACGCAUGGAGUCCCAUCAUACAGCUAUCGGUUCGAUGCCGUGCCGAAUGGGAUUGACCCCAAAAUUCUCGGCGCAACCCAUUUCCAAGAGAUUGGCUUCGUGUUCCGGAACCAUGCCGGCGUAGGCUACGCCACUAACCCACUUGCCUCCAACUCUACCAGCCUGGCACGCAAGUACGACGACCUCGCCGUCCUCAUGAGCCGUAUGUGGAUCAGCUUCGCUGUUGCCAAGUCCCCGAAUUCACACCAAGAUGCAGUCGCGAAUUUCGACCUCAAAUGGCCGGUCUACAACGCUGCGGCCAGGAAUAUGGUCUUCCGCUUGGAUAAUACCCACUUGGAAGUUGACACUUGGCGACAAAAGGAAAUCGAUCAUAUCAUCAACGUUUUCGAGCAGUAUAGAAUCUAG